UCUUAUGACCUGUUGUCGCGAUUUCGCAUCAUACCGGUUUUAAGCCGCACUACCAGAAGAAAACAUCUGUAGGCGCCACUGCUGUGCUUAGAGGUAAUCUACAGAUGUCUGGCAACAUAUAGAAAAAGCAGCGCCAUCUACCCUCUAUUCAGUAAAGAGCUGACAGCUGCCAUUUCUCCGGUUGAUGCCGACGCACAACGUUCCUCAGUGUCCAUCCAUUGACAUCCGUCUCCUUUCAAGUUAUUCAAUGCUCUUCAUCUAUGAUGGACUCUAGAAGGUUCUACGGGAUCAGGGUUCCACCCGUUGAAGACAGCGAAGAUAGCUGCCUCAGCGAGAGCGACUCCGAUUACAGCCCUGACACAGAAGACGCUGCCCCAGCAGAUCAAUCUGGGCAGUCUGGGAGUGACACAGAUGACGAAGAUGAAACACAAGAGCCGUCCACGUCAAGUGCAAGAAGUUUCCUGUGGAAGCGAGUGAAUCAUGCGCGGACAUGCCAACCUCAAUGGGAAGACAGUCUUCCAGACCCUCCAGAUGAGCCGAAAGCACCCAUUGAGUACUUCCGGUAUUUUUUUGACGACAAGCUCCUUCCCGAGAUUAGAGACCAAUCCAAUCUCUAUGCACUGCAGAAGAAUGCCAACAAAGCAUUACGCCUAACAUGCGCUGCACUAGAGCAGUUUCUCGGUGCCACAAUGUACAUGUCCAUAUACAGGCUUCCACGAUCACACAUGUACUGGAGCCGCGAGAUGAGAGUAGAAAAAGUGGCAGAAGUUAUGUCACGUGACAGGUGGCAAACCAUAAAGAGCAACCUUCAUUUCAACAACAACGAUCUCCUACAAGCGAAUGCUGGAAAUGACAGGCUCUUCAAAAUUCGACCACUGAUUGACAAUCUGCUUCCCAAAUUUCAAAUCCUUCCAAAGUCACAGAUGCUGGUUGUCGACGAGCAAAUUGUGCCGUUCAAAGGCCGUUCAUCUCUCAAGCAAUAUGUCCCUAGCAAGCCUCACAAGUGGGGCUACAAGAUUUUUGUACUUUGUGACACCCACGGACUUGUCUACGACUUUUCCAUUUACACAGGGGACAUCCGCCCCGUUCCUGGUUUACCUGACCUUGGAGCGAGCUCUAAUGUUGUGCUCGAGCUUUCGCGCUCCAUCCCAGAGAACAAAAACUACUUGUUGUUUUUUGACAACUGGUUCACAUCCAUAAAACUGCUUGUAAGUUUGCAUCAGCGCGGUAUUCCAGCCUUGGGAACUGCGCGGGCAAACAGGAUUUCUGGAUGCCGACUGCCCAGUGAUGCAGAAAUGAAGAAGGACGGAAGAGGAAGCCACGUGGAGCGGGAGGCUACUGUUGAUGGGGUUGAAGUCCGAGUUGUGAAGUGGUACGACAGCCGAGGAGUGAAUAUAGCCAGCACAUUCGGGAGUGCCGAGCCCCUAGGAAGCUGCCAGCGGUACGACCGCAAGAAGAAAGAAAGGUGCGAAAUUCAGCAGCCUGCUAUCGUGAAGACAUACAACACCUUUAUGGGUGGAGUAGGCCUCCUAGAUGGGCUCAUGGCAUACUACAGAAUUUUUCUGAAGUCAAAAAAAUUCUACCUGAGAUUUUUUUUUCAUUUUGUUGAUAUGGCUGUUGUGAACAGCUGGCUUCUAUACCGAAGGGAUUGUGAUGCUCUAGCAAUCGCCAAAAAAGAGCAACUAGAUCUUUUAGCAUUCAAGGCUUCUCUAGCCAGCUGCCUCUGUAAUGAGAACAAGGACAUGAUGAAGAAGAGGGGCCGGCCGUCUCUUUCUGUGGAAGCAGAGCUUGAAAGGAAGAAAAGAAGAGGCCCAACAGCUCCAACACCUCAUGCUCAAGUCCGUCAUGACAAUGUUGGCCACUGGCCUGAAGUGUCGCAGCAACGACAACGAUGCAAAAUGCCUGGCUGCAAAGGCCAACCUGUUUCUUUCUGCACAAAGUGCAAAGUUCAUCUUUGUAUAAACAAAAGCUCAAAAUGUUUCAUUUCUUUUCACAAGAACUGACCUACAAGUGUUCUGAGCUCAAAGAAAUGAGCUCUGAAGUAUGUUCGAAAAUAAACAUUUUCUGAUCCAUUA